CUGAUGGCGAAAUGGAUGUGUGCAGACCAAGGAGUCGGCGAAAGGCAGCCAUGCAACGGAAAAGGGCCCCAGUCGAUGACUUUGGACCUGAAAGUAAGAGACGGCCCACCCCUGAAACCUACUUGGAAGCAAGCCCUGACAUGUCUAUGAUUACCAGUACCAGAAGGAAUGAUAGGAGUAUAGCCCUUUGUGACCCUGUAGGAUUGUCACCUAUUCUUCCUAUUGCUUCACAAGAGCAGGAUCAACAAGGUUCAUUACAGAAAAGACUUGUGUAUGAGUCAUCUCCUGUUGUAUCCAGGACUAGUGAGCAGAGGUCAUCUGAUAUCUUAUUCCUGUCAGGUGAUGACGAUCUCUUUGAAUGGGAUGAAGAUGAUUUUAAAGCAAAGCCCAACGAAGGCUCCACAUCACCACACCAUGUAAAGGACCGUAAGGACAGCCAUGCAAAAAAAGAUGAUGCAAAUGACGACCAAAAUCACGAGAGAAAAGAUUUUGCCAUUGAACAGAAGAAGAUGGAAGAACCAUCAGAAAAUACUGAUGAUUUAUGGGACGAUGAUGAUACAUUCUAUGCUCAGCUUGAUAUCAGUCUUAUAGUAGCCGAAUCUCAGGGAACUCAUCAAAACGGUGCAUGUACUAAUCGUGAAGAAGUUCAAACUAUUGGUAUGGAUAAUCGGUCAGAACCCACUACUGCCCAGUCAAAGUCGCAAAGUAAUACAGGUGUUAAGAACUUGGUGAAUGAUUGUACAGCAUCCGGAGAAAGAACAUCUAAUGUGAGAACAAAAGAACAUGGAAGUGCAAUAAACAAGUGUCCUGAGGUAGACAGAGCUGUGCCGAUGAUGCAGAGUAGUAACAAAGCCAGUAUAUCCUCAGUAUGUACUGUCACCAAAGACCGCCACACUACGGCUGAUGUACCUGUAUCAAGAACUAAGCAGGAUGAUGAAACUGUUAGAAAAGGAACACCCCAUCAAGAGAAAUGGUUCAGCCAUUUGUCAGAGGGUGCUUCAGAUCACCACAAAAUGCGAAGAGAAACGACUUCAAUGGUAAGUCCCGUUACAAGAGGGCGUCACACUGCCAGUGAUAGUCAUCAAACUCCAAUGUUAGCAGGGGCCAGUUCCCGUCUGAAGCAACGUCUUCAUGGUAAUGCCAAGGUGACCACACCAACCAUGCUUCAUCACCUUCUUCGUGAGGCAGCCGUUGAGGAAGCCAUGUUGGGUUUAGCUGACGUGCAGUCUGCUGUCAAGGACAAGGACAUUGGUCCAUUUUACGGUCUACCCAGGAGGGUCCAAGAACUGUUGGAGAAACAAAGGGGUAUCUCACAACUCUAUGAAUGGCAAGAUGAAUGUCUCAGUCAGCGGGCAGUGAAAGAGGGUCGCAACUUGAUCUACUCUCUCCCUACUAGCGGAGGCAAAACCUUGGUCGCUGAGAUCAUUAUCAUGCAACAGAUCCUAUGUCAUCAAAGAGAUGCUCUUCUUAUCCUGCCAUAUGUCUCCAUUGUACAAGAAAAGGUAACUUCCCUGACUCCUCUGGCAGUAGAGCUUGGAUUCCUAGUGGAAGAGUACGCGGGCAGCAAAGGGUCCAUCCCACCGAGGAAGCGCAGAAAGAAGCACGCCCUCUAUGUUUGCACCAUAGAGAAAGCUCACACCUUGGUGAACUGCAUGAUCCAAGAGGAAAGAAUGAAGGAGAUUGGUCUGGUUGUGGUCGAUGAGCUUCACAUGAUAGGAGAUGGCGGACGACGAGGAGCUUCCCUGGAGAUUUGUCUUUCAAAGCUACUCUACCUGAAUACGUGCCAGAUACUAGGGAUGAGUGCAACACUCAGUAACAUCAGUGACUUAUCAGCUUUCAUGAAAGCAGAGGUUUAUACCAACAAUUUUAGACCGGUUGAGUUGAAUGAAUAUAUCAAGUUAGAAGAUAACAUCUUUGAAGUCAAUCCCGGGAGCAACCUUCCAGAAGAUGAAAAGUUUACCCAUGCGAGGACCAUCACGUUCCCUUAUAACAAGGCGAUGCUGAAAAACGACCCUGAUCAUCUAGUAGGGCUUGCUCUGGAAGUCAUCCCGACAAACUCUUGCCUAUUCUUCUGUGCAACCAAAAAGAACUGCCAAAAUGUUGCAGAGAACAUCUGUAGGUACAUACCAAGAAACAGAGCCAAGCAGUUGUUCCAACACAAGCACAAGGAGAAGGAGGAACUGUUACUGUCAUUACGAAGGGAAUGCGACAACAAUCUCUGCCCCACUCUGAAACGCACCAUACCUUACGGGGCUGCGUACCAUCACGGUGGCUUGACGAUGGAUGAGCGGAAGCUGAUAGAGGAUGCUUACUCAGAUGGAACGCUUUGUUUAUUAACAGCUACAUCCACUCUAGCAGCUGGUGUCAACUUACCAGCUAAAAGUUUUCAGAGGGGUAGGGAUAGGGGAACUGGCCAGUACUGGACCUCUUGUGAAGUCUGUUUCAUCACAAUUUUGUGUUGUUUUAGGGUUAUAUUGAGAAGCCCUUAUAUAGCUGCAGAGCUUCUGACAACAAGUCGUUACAAGCAGAUGGUUGGCAGAGCUGGGCGGGCUGGAAAGGACACUUCUGGUGAAAGUAUCUUGAUCGUAAAGCCCAAAGAUAGAAAACAGGUGAGUGAGAUGUUGAAUGGGCCAAUCAAAGGAUGUUACUCCAGUCUGAUGCAUGAUGAAGGAAAAGGAAUGAGAAAUCUAGUGCUUUCUCUCAUCAGUCUCAAGAUCACAAGAACAGAAGCAUCCCUCCAGGAUUUCAUCAAGAGAACCCUUUGUGGUAUCCAGGCAGCGGAGUUCCAACGUGACCUGGUAGAGCUGGCUCAGAAUGCUCUCCGGCAGGUAGUAGAUCUGUGUUUGGUCAAGACUACCAAGGACAACUUGCUGGAAAUCACCAGGAUAGGACACGCUGCAUGCAAAGGUUCUGUUGAUUUAGACCUUUGUUCAGACCUGUAUAAAGAUCUGAAGUUUGGGUGCGACAAGGGCUUAGUCCUGGCCAACUCGCUUCAUCUCCUGUACCUCGUGACCCCUUACGAUCAAAUUGACUCGGCUAGACCAAACUGGAUGGUCUAUAUGAAACAGUUUUCAUGCUUGACUGAAUCAGAGCAUAAAGUUGCUGAACUGGUUGGUGUAUCUGAAUUCUACAUGCAAUGCAAGAUGACUGGUGGUUCAAGCAAGCAAUUCACCCCAGCAUUGGAGAGAAGAGCACAUCGCUUCUACCUCACCCUGAUGCUGUGGGAGAUGAUGAAGAGAAAGAGCAUAUGGGAAGUCGCUGCUUGCUUUGAUACUCCAAGAGGCUUCGUACAAUCUGUCUUCACGUCGGCUGCAAGCUUUGCCUUCUCGGUUCAAAGAUUUUGUGAGGAUCUUGAAGAGUUCUGGGCAGUGCAUCAGCUCCUUAGCAAGCUGGUCUAUGAUCUGACAUACUGUGCUACAGUGGAUCUGAUGCCCCUCCUUGAGAUACCAGGAGUUAAACAGGGCCGAGCCAAGCAGUUAGUACAGGCCGGUUACAAGACCCUUCAUCAUCUAGCCCAUGCAGAUCACAAAGAUCUUAUCUCAAAGAUUGAUCAUCUACCCGUCAAGAUUGCAAAGCAGAUAGUAGCAGCUGCAAAGAUGGCCCUAGCAGAGCGCAUUGAGGCAUUGCAUGAUGAAGCUGAGGAGCUCACAAGUUCACCGGAUCUCCCAAAUAGUUCAUGAAGGAGGCAAUCUGUCACGAGGCCUGUGCCAUGUCUUAGCAGGAAUCUUGCCAUGAGGAUCCUAUUCAUCUUUUCACUGCAGCUUCCAGCAGACCCCAUUGUUUUGUCUGUAAUUUGUAUUGAAAAGGUGCCUACAGUCAGUGGCCCGUAUUUUAAACUCAGUUACUCAGGUCUAGAGGUUGCGGCUGAACUAUGGAAAGCCAAUUGCGAUACAAGUCUCCAGGAACAGGUUGAAUCUAUCAGCUUAUUUGGCACUCUAAUAAUUCACAACUGUGAGAGUAAUAUUGAUAUAUGCAUUAUAUCUAGGGAGCGUUUCAUGAACGGACUGAUCAGAGGUUUUAUCUGAUAAGUCCAAUUUUGUCUGACGAUUACCGUAGUAACAGUGCUUCUCAGCCAAUCAAAAUCAAGACAAGUUGGACGAAAAUGUUGAUGAAAUGUUCCUGAUGUACAAAUAUUGCGAAGCUAACUUAUCUUGACAGAAAUUAUAUUCAGAUCACAUCUGAACAGUUAUUUUUCUUCAGUGAGCCAACUUGAAGAGAAAUUUCUGAACUCGAUUAACAAAACAUUCCAGUAUCAACUAUUAUACCUCGGUCACAUUUACUCUAUGGCGGCCGUACGGCGAGCCAAAAACAGCCGUUUUAUUCAUUUUCAUUCAAACAACCUAUAUGUAGCUAGUACAAAAAAUGUUAAAACAGCUGUUUUCGACUCGCCGUACGGCCGCCAUAGAGCAAAUGUGACCGAGAUAUUAAACAGAAUGGUCAAUUAUGAUACCAACUCUGACUUUUAAAAAAUGUCAUAAGCCUAGGACUGGAUGUCACGAGUCAAUGGUGCUAUAUAUACAUGUAUAUGUAUUUACGACACAUUUGCUUUUUAAUACCAUGCGUUUUAAUACAUGGACGAGUUAUUCGUACUGCCAGUACAAGUACUAGAAAUAUGAGAACUUUAUGAGGCUGCUGAAGAAAUGACUGCACGAAAUGCCAAAUAAAUGGGGGAAAAAGAGCAGAUAUAUCCAACCUUAUGAAGAAAACUUGAUUUUGUGUAAGUUAUUAGAUUUAAUUAUCGAAUCCCAAGGAUGUCUUCAAAACACCUCAAUUCAAUUCUUCAUUUUUUUUCUUAAUUUACCAGAAUUUAAGUACUUAUACAUAUACAUGUAGGACUUACAAUUUGAACCAUCAAAUGGAUAGUGCCUUGUAACCUCUACAUACUGGAUGGUAUUCUAAUAUCUAUGGUUUAGUUAAGCCUGGGAUAACUUAGACCAUAACUGUAUGGAGUGCCUGUUGUCAACUUAUUGACCAAUUAAAAAUUAUUCUUAGCAUUUUCCAAGACGUAAAAAUGAUUGAGUCAGAAAAUAUGAAAAUACUAAUAUACAAUGAAUUUUUACAUCAUAAUUGCUAUGAAUAAGAAGAAAUAUUACGGAGCCAAUAUUCCGUAAUCCAAGUGUGGUUUAAAAUUCAAGUUCAGACUAGGGUUAAACCUAGGUUUAUUAUAAGAAUAUCAACCAUGGUGGCUAAUAAAUUCUCCCCCCUUAUUUAUUAUCACUUUCAGCCCCUCCAUUUUUUCAAGAAAAGUAUACAAGAAUGUAAUGACAAUCCGAUUGUGUUUUGCAUGAUUAGCCCCCCCCCCCCCUUUUAAAACUGUUCAUGGCCCAUGUAUAAGGUUAAGAUGACCUGUCAUCAGAAUGACGUGCAUCUUGGUUGGAUUGAAGGGGAAAAAAUGUAUUGCUAACAACCAGUUUAUAUGUAAUCUCUCUUGAAUGUUCAAUCUUGACAAUGAUAGUCUAUUGUUUAAUUUAUUUUCUCAUCAAGCUAAAUUCUCCUCAAAUUAAAGGUAUAUGUAUCUCGCAAGUCCCAUGCAAUUUGAGCUGUGCAGAGAUGACUGAGUGAUUCUACGAUGAAUUCAAUUGUAUUCUAGAGUAUUAUAUACUUCAAAUCAUGUAUUCAUUAUGUAUUUUCUUUUUGUGUAUAGAGUACCGAAGCGAUGAUGUCAGUUGCCAUGGUGGCCUGGUUCUAAACAAAUGAACCCGCCGGAUGAAAGUGUGUGUUUCUCAUCGGUGAAAAUGGCUGCUAUUCGAAUUUGAUCGCUUGCAACCUAUUUUUCAGACGAUCCAAAGUGUACAGACGACCGUCAGCUGUGAUUGUUUAGAACCAGCCCGCCAUGACACCAUGGCAACUGACGUCACACUCCGGUACUCUAUUGUGCAUGACUGUGGAAUAGAUCCAUACGUCUCUUGGGCAUUAUGUAAGUUUCCUGAGCAGUAAAUAUGAAAUUAAUAAAUAUAUUUAUUUUGUGUGAGAGCUGGAGCUCAUUAUACAUGCAGUC